UAGUAUGUUAAAAAAGGUUUCAUCAACACAAAGGAAUCGAAACCAGGUCGAAGUGUAUUUAACUUCCCCGUGUUUGUCGCUGGUGUCAGAUGACACACACACAAUCCUUCGAACUGUGUACGCUGUGUUAAUAUGCAACUAACUGAACUGCUAUGAAUGUAUUUCAACUGGAAAUGAGUCUCAGUGUGUUCUUAGUGGCCGCUAUUACAGUGGUGCAGACUGUACCACCAGUUACCUCAGAUGUCUUCCAGCCAGCAUCUAAACCUUGCUAUCCUUGUAUCUGCACUGUCGACCAGACGAUUGCCAACUGUUCCCACCAGGACCUGUCAUGUAUCCCCAGCACUCUCCCGGAGAAACUAAACGUCCUGCUAAUGGACCACAACAACAUCUCAAGGUUGUCCACAAAGUUUUUCUCCAAGUUUAAACAUCUCACGCAAUUAGAUAUUUCAAACAACCAUAUAGUGCAAGUUAUGGAUGAUUCCUUUUUAGGGCUAAUACAUUUGGAAUAUUUACACAUGGAACAAAAUAAUGCACAGUUACCACAGAAGGCUAUAUCUGUUCUUUAUUCAUUGGAGGAACUAUCUGUAGAUGGAAAUACAAACAUGAUUUUCGGAGAAUGCUUUCAAAAUUUGUCCAAACUAAUUUAUUUGAGUAUGUCUGGAAACAAAGGUAGGUGUGAGAUAAAUAAUAUAUACAACCAUACCUUUAAAUAUGUCCCACAUCUGAAAACAUUAAACUUGUCAAACUGUAUGUUGGAGAAUAUUGAUGUUGGAGCAUUCUUGCCUUUAAAAAAUAUCGAAGAGCUGGACAUAUCUGAUAACCGUAGACUGCAAUUCAGAGGUUUCCGGAACGCUACGUAUGGUUUGAUAAAUUCCUCCAUACGAAUAUUAAAAGCCAACCGUAUAGUGAAAAAAUGGUCUCUUUGCAAUAUUCUUUACAAUGAGGAUACAAACUAUUUGAGAAGAACAAAGCUUGAAAAACUUUUUUUUGAUGACAAUCGUCUUGAACUGUGUCAAAAGGGGGCAUUAUUGAAUUUGCCUGAUACCCUUUGGUACAUCUCUGCCCGGCGCAAUAUGUUCACCUUGGGGGCCUAUAUCUCAGACUUGUCAUCUUUGAAAAACGUGACUCAUGCCUAUCUUGGAACAGAUGAGACCAACGCAUUGUUACAGUACACUAGUGACGAGAACGGUAUGUGUGAGAUGGAUUCGGAAAAUGCUUGUCAGUCUGAUAUUGAGAAGUCUUUGGAUUAUGGUUCAGAACACUUACCAGCCUCGUUAUUGAUGCCAAACAAUACCAGCGGACCAUUCAUAAUCGUGUUACCACCGCACCUGCAAGUAUUGCAUGUUGUUUGUGAACAGAUGUCAUUUGAAAUCACAUGGAUGUUAUUUACAAACAACAGCCUCACCACGCUGAAUUUAACGUGCAACUUGUUGUCGAACUGGACUGGCCCAGUGGAAGGUUUGGAGAAUCUAGAAAUCCUUGAUCUCUCAUUUAACAUGGCAACUGACGUUUCGCCUUUCUUCUUUAAAGGAUUUCCUCUCCUCAAAAAACUCUAUAUUUCUCUGAAUUUCCUUGGCUCUGUAAUGCACCUAAAAAACAAGUCCCUUAUUUUUGAUGGUCUUACUUCUCUUGAAGUAUUAGACCUGUCGAAAAAUGAUAUACAUUAUCUUCCAGAAGAUCUAUUUCAUGACUUAGUCUCUCUUAAGACAUUAAAUCUGUCACAUAAUGAAAUAUAUCUUGACAUACCUCUUCGGAUAGGUCACUUGAAAAAUCUUCAAAUGUUGGAUCUUUCAAAUAACCAUGUUCGUUGGUUUUCUAGUACACUCGUAAAAGACUUGGAUACACUGGCUGAAUCUAAUAACAUAACAAUUAAUCUGACAUUAAAUCCAAUUGCUUGCACCUGUUAUAAUGUAGAAUUUCUUAAUUGGAUGAUAUUGUCAAAAGUUACUUUUAUACAUAUAAAAACGUACACUUGUGCUUUUGAUAACAAGACAUUUAGUCCUAUUGAUAAAUUUGAAGACAUUAUUGUUCUUUUGGAAAAACAAUGUAACGUUUAUAGUGGCCUGGUCGUUGCAUGUCUGUUUGCACUGGGUCUUUUGUUUGUUAUUGUUGGAGGUGCCCUGGCAUACAGACACCGAUGGAGCUUACGGUACUGGUACUAUGCAGCUAACCUGAGAUGUAAACGUAGGUCGCUGCUCAAUGGAGAAUGUGGCACAUUUAGAUUUGAUGCUUUUGUUUGCCACGCAGACGAAGAUGAACAGUUUGCAAAAAAGAUGACAAUCCGAAUCGAAGAUGAAGGUAAAAGAAAAGUUAACCUGCAUAACCGAGAUUUUUUACCUGGAAAAAGAAUACCAACGAACAUACUGUCUGCCGUUCAAAUGAGCAGAAAAACCGUUGUCAUUUUGUCGAAGAACUUUGUACAAAGCUAUUGGUGCAAUUAUGAACUGCAGAUGGCAAACAUGGAAAGCAGAGAAACUGGACGUGACGUGUUAGUUAUUAUAAUGUAUGGAGAUAUUUUACCAAAAAAAAUUCCCAAAGAAGUCUUGUAUCAUUUGAAAACGGAGUGUUACAUUGAAUAUCCACGACACGGAAACCAGAAUCAAACGGACAUCUUUUGGGAGCGACUUAUUGAAGCUGUAGAAAGUACUUAAAUGCAAAUAAGGACAGAUAUAAAUUGCUAUUUUAUACAGGUCGGAGGGUCCGUCUGUUUUAUUGAACUAGUUAUAUUUUGUCAGGUAGAACUAAUCCCACCCCACCCCACCCGUCAAGUCACAUCUCAUCUCUUUACCUUUUCCAUUACCUUUUUAUAUUUGCUUUUCACCCCAUAACACGACUCAAAUAUUGUACACCCUCCCCAUUGUGGAUGACCACGCCAAAAUAAAAUCCUGGCUACGCCAAUGGUUAUUUUUGGUAUUCGGAAUGGUAAUGAUGGGUGGGGCGAAGUGUAAAGUUCUUAACGCGAAAAAGAUGCGUAUAACCUUCACAAAGAUUUACAAGAUGAGUCGGACUUUAUGAAAUCAUUUGAUGUUCAUGUAUUGUUUAACUUUGUGCUGUGCAUUUACAACUGUGGUGGUUUUAUCAUUUUAUUUCUAACCAUAAAUGUAACUUGAAUCAUUUAAUUCUUCAUAACAAAGACUGCAUUAAUCUUAUAAUUUGUGUGUGGGUUGUAUAUUACACAAAAUGUAAAUAUAUAUAUAUAUAUAUAUGUAUUUUGUUGUUUUAAAUAAAUGACCUAUUCCUUUAA